AUGCGUGCCACAAUUGCUCUGGAGGUCUGGAUCACAGUUUCUCUCAGCUACCUAGCCUCUGGACCACCACGGGCUUCUGCUGCUGAUAUUUGCCAUUCCCCACAGUUUGUUGCUCACUGGGUUAUUAGAGAGGUACCAACGUGGAAGCACCGAUUUGGUACCAGAAGUGCCAUGAUUAUUUUACACUUUGCCCUAUGUCUGACAAGCUUGUUAUUCUGGAUCAUUCAGGAGUCUGGCGCGCUUGUGCUGUCUAAUGUCACCCAACCGACUGCGAACCCAACUAUCGACUACCGGCCUGAUCUAAGUAACCGUCCUUAUGUUGCGGGCGCUCCCCGCAGCAGGCGCAAGCGGCACCUCUCUCUCAGAGACCGGAAUGUGAUUCUGGAUUAUCACAACAAGAUUCGGUCGCAGGUAUUCCCUCCCGCUGCUAACAUGGAAUACAUGUUCUGGGACAGCCAACUUGCAGCAUCUGCUGAAGCUUGGGCAGCUUAUUGUAAAUGGGAUCAUGGACCACCACACCUGUUAAAAUAUGUUGGUCAAAAUAUGUCUAUUCAGUCAGGACGUUACCAAUAUAUUAUAGAUCUUGUGAAAUCCUGGUAUGAUGAGCAUCGAUACUACUCCUAUCCCUAUCCUGGAGAAGGUACACCAAGAUGCCCCAAUAAAUGCAAUGGAGCAAUUUGUUCCCAUUACACACAGAUGAUAUGGGCUGCAUCAAACAAAAUAGGCUGUGCUGUCCACACCUGCAGUAACAUGAAUGUUUGGGGAUCCAGAUGGCAUCACACUAUAUUCCUAGUGUGCAACUAUUCCAUAAAGGGAAACUGGAUUGGAGAAGCUCCAUACAAAGCAGGAAAACCAUGUUCAGCUUGCCCACCCAACUAUGGAGGUUCCUGUAGAAACAAUCUGUGUGUUCCAGGAAUGAAGUUAAAUAAGGUGUUCCUUUUCAAGUAA